UAAUGGAAUAGAAUCCAAAAUUGGCUUUUGGAGAGAUCAACUACAAAAAUUUGGAAUAGUUCAAAGUCAUUACCUAAAAGACCUUGCCAGUAACGUAUAGUGAAAACUUUUAUAUAAAAAUUCUAACCUAUUCAGAUUUUUCUACUCUUGGUAUUGAAAUUUAAGUAAUGUACAGGUUAUUAUAAUGACAUUGCAGUUGGAGCUAUAACAGCAAGGAUAGAAGAGAAGGAUGGUAGAAAGACUGCUUAUAUAAUGACAUUUGGUGUUUUGGAUGCAUACCGUCGUUUGGGAUUUGGCACAUAAUUAUUGAAUGAAUUAAUAAAUAGAAUUAGAUCUCAUGAAGAAAUAAGAACUAUAUAUUUACAUAUGUGGGUUAGCAAUGAAAUAGGAUUUCAAUUUUAUUCUAGACAUGGAUUUGAGAAAACAACUUACAAAAAAAAUUAUUAUACAGAUAUUGAUCCACCUCAUUGUUAUAUUUUAACAAAACGUCUCUAUCCAGAUGUUGAUCCUCCUAUUCCUUAUACAGAAGAAGACACUGAAAAAGAAUAGGAGAUUGCACAAUAAUGAAGU